CCUUGUGCCGGGAGGCCGCUUUAAGCCGUGGGGUGGGGCUCGCUUUCCGCUGCCUCUUUAAGUGAUGGCCCUUACUGGGACCCGUAGUGACUCGCCCGGCCAAUGACCGCGUCAACUGUUUGAUCUCGGUGCAUGCCGGGAAUUGUAGUUCCCGGUAUCUCCGGUGCCGGUCCCGAUGGCGGCGGCGGCGCGGCUGCUGCUGCUCCUGGUGGUGCUGGGCUGGGUCCGGCCCGGCGCCUGCACCGACCCUCCGGGCGGCGGCUGGCUGGCGGGCACGGUGCCGGAGGAACCACGCUGCACCGUGGAGCGAGCCGAUGCCUCCCUCACCUACUCUCUCUUCCUGCAGCGGUUCGCCUUCUCCCGGCCAGUGAUCCUCGGUGGGGUCACGGACAAUUCGGUGAGUGCCGCGAGGGGACAGAGGGUUCCGGGUGGGACGCACCUCCCGGUGCCCCGGGAGCGGCGGCAGCAUCCCGGCUCCCCGCGCUCCAUCCCCCAGGCGUUCCGAGCCCUCUGCACCCGGGACAAGCUGCUGGCAGCCUUCGGGCCCUUCCCGGUGCGGCUCAGCACGGCCAACACCUACUCGUACCGCAAAGUGGAUGUGCCGUUCCAGGAGUACGUGGAGCACCUGCUGAAGCCGCAGGACCCGGCCCGGCUGGGCAGCGACACCCUCUACUUCUUCGGGGACAACAACUUCACCGAGUGGGGCCCCCUCUUCCAGCACUACGUGCCCCCUCCCUUCCGCAUCCCGGGCACCAGCCCCGCCUACAGCUUUGGGAUCGCAGGCUCAGGCUCUGGCGUUCCCUUCCACUGGCACGGCCCUGGUUUCUCCGAGGUGAUUUUCGGCAGGAAGCGCUGGUUCCUGUACCCGCCGGAGCAAACCCCGCACUUCCACCCCAACGAGAGCACGCUGGCCUGGCUCCAGCACACCUAUCCCACGCUGCCGCCGGCCCAGCUCCCGCUGGAGUGCACCCUGCGCCCCGGGGAGGUGAGGCCAGCACUGCAGGGAACCCCAGGCUUCCCAGCCAGAGCCGUGCGACCCCACUGGUGUCCCCUGCAGGUCUUGUACUUCCCUGACCGCUGGUGGCACGCCACACUCAACCUGGACACCAGCGUCUUCAUCUCCACCUUCCUGGGCUAGGGCUGGCAGGGACAAGGACACCUCACCACCAUCCCAGCCAGGCCAGGAGCUCCAGCUCCUGCCACCCUCAGGGACAGGCCACUGGUAUUGGGACCAACUGCCUGAGAAAGUUCUGAUUUUUACUGGUCUUUGGAUUAAAGUUGUUCUACUGAA